AACAUGCUCCCCCUGCUGAUAUGAGUAGCACUGGAGCAAUGCACCCCAUUGCACAUUUGUACUGGAGUCGCGAGGGCGUUGCAGGGAGAGAGGGAAUUGUUUAUUUUCGUAGCUAGCGCUUUAGCAUUGUUUACCAGUCAGUAUAUUUCGACCAUUGUUUGUCUUGUUUCGCCACUGGCACAAUUGAGAAACAUCAAAGAGUCGCAGCAUAUCUCAGAAUUAGAAGAUAGUCAAGUAUUGGCUCGAACUUCGAUUCAAAGAACACUGGUUUUGUUGUCGGCGAGCAAGCUAACUAGUUCAACGAUAAUAACAUUUUAGGUUUGCUACGAGAAAGUAUUAGCAUUUUUUUUUUGAAAUGGUAAUUUCAGCUACACUGACUAUUAGCUACAACUUAUCCACACGGGGCACGUCGUUUUUUGAUUUUAAGCGAGCCUACUACUGUAGCUAGCUAGCUAGCGUAUUAUGCUGUUACAUAUGUAAACGUUAACCAUAGCUAUUUAGCCAGUAAGCUGGGUAUUUGCGUUAGCUAACGUUAAAACGAGGAAUUUUAUGCAAAAUAUUUAGCUUUUUCUGUCCUGUACACCCCACCUGUAGAGUGAAGGGGACACAUUCCAUUCUAACCCAGGCAAAAGGUUUCAGAAAAUGUGUUUUUGACUCAUUGAUCUGGAGUGACGACUGAACUGGAAGCCUCCUUAAGAUUGAACUCCAAGUUAUAGAGACUGGAACGGUGAGCAAGAUGUCGAUCACAAACACCCCCACAAGCAAUGACGCUUGUCUGAGCAUCGUGCACAGCCUGAUGUGCCACAGACAGGGUGGAGAGAGCGAGACCUUCGCCAAGCGAGCCAUUGAGAGCCUUGUUAAGAAACUGAAGGAGAAGAAAGAUGAGCUAGAUUCUUUAAUCACAGCCAUCACCACCAACGGAGCUCACCCCAGCAAGUGUGUCACCAUACAGCGCACCCUGGAUGGACGCCUGCAGGUUGCGGGGCGUAAAGGCUUCCCCCAUGUGAUCUAUGCAAGACUGUGGCGGUGGCCUGACCUGCACAAAAAUGAACUGAAGCAUGUGAAAUACUGCCAGUUUGCUUUUGACCUCAAAGCUGACAAUGUGUGUGUUAACCCAUACCACUACGAGAGGGUGGUAUCACCAGGGAUUGACCUUUCAGGACUGACUCUUUCAAGCUCAGGCACACUCAUGGUCAAAGAUGAGUAUGAAUUUGAGAACCAGCCAUCUCACUCCGGCGCGGACAGCCACCAUCAGACCAUCCAGCACCAACCCUCCAGACCGGGGGGUCCCCAGGAGUUCAGCAGCCCGGCCCUGCUCCCUUCCCCCGAGGGCAGCAGCUCAGCCUCCACCUCUGCCUUCUCCAGCCUCGCUGCUGGAGCUUCAACCCAGUCCAGUAGCCUUCUGUCAGGGUGCCAUAUCAGUGAAGGUCUGCGGCAGCUAUCCUCAGGGCCAGGCCCAGCACAGGGACAGAGCUCACAGCAGAACGGCUAUCCCCUGGCACAGAGUGCCACAUACCAUCACAGUGCCACCUCAGGCUGGCUGAGAAACGGGAACUUCUCCCCCUCAGUGCCUCACCACCAGAAUGGGCACCUGCAGCACCACCAACCCAUGCCCAACACCCCACACUACUGGCUCUCGCAUAAUGAGAUUGCAUUCCAGACCCCCAUAUCCAAUCACCCUGCACCUGACUACUGGUGUUCCAUUGCCUACUUUGAAAUGGAUGUUCAGGUUGGGGAGACGUUCAAGGUUCCGGCCAGCUGCCCCACGGUGACUGUGGACGGGUACGUGGAUCCCUCGGGAGGGGACCGCUUCUGCCUGGGUCAGCUCAGCAAUGUCCACAGGACAGAGGCAAUCGAGAGAGCCAGACUUCACAUUGGUAAAGGGGUGCAGUUGGAGUGUAAAGGGGAAGGGGACGUGUGGGUGCGUUGCCUUAGUGAUCAUGCAGUGUUUGUGCAGAGUUAUUACUUGGACAGGGAGGCAGGACGUGCUCCUGGAGAUGCAGUGCACAAGAUCUACCCCAGCGCCUACAUCAAGGUGUUUGACCUGCGCCAGUGCCACAGGCAGAUGCAGCAGCAGGCAGCCACAGCACAGGCGGCAGCCGCAGCACAGGCAGCGGCAGUGGCUGGAAACAUCCCCGGGCCUGGCUCUGUAGGAGGCAUCGCCCCCGCCAUCAGUUUGUCUGCGGCGGCAGGUAUAGGAGUGGACGACCUGCGCAGGCUGUGUAUCCUGAGGAUGAGCUUUGUGAAGGGCUGGGGGCCUGACUACCCCCGGCAGAGCAUCAAGGAGACUCCGUGCUGGAUUGAGAUCCAUCUCCACCGUGCCCUGCAGCUACUGGAUGAGGUGCUGCAUACCAUGCCCAUCGCUGACCCCCAGCCCCUGGACUGAGUUAUAGAACGGCAACACUAACUCGACACAUGCUGGACUGACUGACUGCACAUGCCGCGUAGGCUAGCCAUUUGAACGCUGUCCGGGAUGAGAGAGGGGUGUGAAUUAUUAAUUUUUUCUACCCACUGGCAUCAAAGCCAGACAGGGUUCCUUCUCUGAAGAUACCAGCUCAUGAAUCUGUUUUCUACUUGCCUCAGAAUCAGGAUAUACAGUCAUUACUCAUGGAUGCUUUUCAUUCUGUUCUAUUCAUAUCAUCCUGUUCAUUGACUGACAGAAGGCCAUGACAUGACACUUUAUAUACUGUAUUUGAGUUUCAAUGCUGUUUUUUUUUUAUGGCAUAUUAGCUUAAUUAAGCACUUUAUUGGUUUGCUUUUCAUGUGCUUGUUUUCAGUAUGUUAGCUUAAUUAAGCACUUUAUUGGUUUGCUUUUCAUGUGCUUGUUUUCAGUAUGUUUAGGUAUACAGUGUGAGGAAGGGUAGUUUCCACAAACAUUUCUAGUUUAUCUUAGAAUAUUCAGCUUUUGUAGCGAUGAGUGGGAUCCAGGCCAGAUGGUGUUCACUUCAAUAAUGUUUUCAGAUGCCUCAAUGUCUAGACAGGUGUUCAGUUCAUUAACAUUUUUAUCUCCACUUCAUAUUUCUGUAAUCGUGACUUUGAUGAAUUGACUUGUGGUAACAUUCCUUGGAGAUAAUGGAGGAAAGGUAAGGAAGUCUGAAGCCAUAUUGAUGCCAAAUGAACCCAUAUGAAAGGAAACAGUUCAGAGCACAGUCGUGUGUCAGUAUUGUGAAAGUUGUAAAUAAAUACAUGUUUUUAUGACCAGAUCCUGCAUUGAGAAUAUCAGCAAUUGUGUGGGCCUGGACUACUUGUCACCGGGUUGUUCGAGCCGUGGUAUGAGACAAUAUACCACAGGUAUGAUGCAAAACUACUUGUUUACUGUUCUAAUUAUGUUGGUAACAUGUUUAUAAUAGCAAUGUGGCACUCCAUUUUUGGGCCUUAUUGCUUAAUUAUAUAUUUUUCUGCCUUAUGAGCAUAUGUUUUAAAGUUAGAAAAUGAUAUGUAGGCUAAGGACAGAUGUGAUCCAGUGCUUGUCCUUUACCUUCAUAAUUAAUGGAAAUAAAAUGGUGUAUAAUU